ACCCACAGAAUGAAGCUACUUGGCUGAUGAGGAAGUUUCACAUUCUCACAUUGUCACACACACUCUCACAGAGGAUAGGACAGCAAAAUGGCACUGAAAGGCAACCGACAGUGUUUCCUUCCAAGGAUUUUCAUCCAGCUGCUGGCUCUGGUUUUCACAGUCGCAGCUAAAGAAAGUGCUGCUCCGAUUCUGGUCAGAGGGGAAGUUGGAGGAAAGGUGACCUUUCGAUGCUGUGUUGGGCAGCAGAGAAAGCCAGAGUUUAUGUACCUACAAAAGGGCAAGAUAUUCGUCAACGGGUGCCACUCAUCAAAGAACAUAGAAAAGACAUGGCCAAACACAAGAGUGGAUUGCAAUACAAGUGAAGUUCAUAUGUCGGACUUGACUAUAUCACAUAGUGGGGACUAUAACUUCAUUAUCCAAUACAACAAAAUAUUCACUGAUCCUGUGGUUGAAGAGGUUAUACGACUAAACGUCACAGGUAACUUCACUCGACCGUCAGUCAAAGUGGUUUGUAGUAAUGGAAGCCGUUUUAAGAGUUGUACAGCGACCUGCACCUCACAUGGUGGGUUCCCAUUCUCCAACAUGACGUGGAACGUCAAUGGUACCGAGAAUACCACCAGUAAUAUGUGGAAAGUUGUGAACAGGACGAAAGUUCAGAGUUCAGAUACCAUGUUGUUCACAAGCACUAGUAGCGCCAACUUCAACUGCUCCAGCAGAGAGGUUCUGGCGUUCAGCUGUUCUGUGCGGGAUGUCACCUCGGAUGAACACUUAGUCUGUACACACCAGGAUCCAGAAGACCACUCCAAUCUUUAUGUGAUAAUAGCAGCCUGUAUAGUGGUUGUCAUGGUGGUCUUUGUUGUACUGUGGUGCUGGAAAUGCAAGCAAAGACAGAUGGGAUCAGCCGUACCGCAAGAUGUGAUGCAGGAGCUAAGGGCAAACGAGGAUGACGUGUAGCGUCGUCAAAGAAUCUAAGAAGAGGACAGAGGUGUCGUGAGAGUUGAACUGGUGAAGAAGACCAUCCAGUUUUUGUUUUGAAUCAAAAAUUGUAGGUGGUCUAGAAUUGAAAACCAAAACUGUGCGUCACCCAAGUGUACAUUACGUUUUGUGACAGCCAGGAAUGACCAGUGUCCACAAGAGUCCGGGACCAGGGAUCACAAGUUGUCGACGUUUCAGUGUCACUUGUGACUUUUGUGUUUUUGAGGAAGUAUCCAGUCAUUGCUGGUGAAGUACAGUGCGUCACUAAACUGACAACAAAACUGACUUACUUCUCAAAAAAAGGACUUUUCCAGUGGUGUGUAGUGAGAAAGCUGUUGUGUACCAGAAAACUGUACCUCAUGGAAACACCACCUAGCACUGUGGGUGGAAAAAUCUGAAGAACAAAAUACUGUAAGUUUGAGAAAAUAUGGACUUCGUUGUUACACUGACAUCUGUGGGAUGAAAUGUGACCAAUUACACUUGCUGCUAGGGUCACUUCUCUUAAUUUGUUUCGGAAAUGAUGAGUAGGAAAUAAAAAGUGUGAAGGACAGAAUGUGUGAAUUAAGAAAAGACAGAUGUCAGAAAAAGUUUGCACAGUAUUUGUUUUACUGCUCUUUGCCGUUUCAGCAAAAUUGUGUUUAGUACGCUGUAAGGUCUUGUAUUCCCCUGUAAAGUGCAAUAUUGGAUAAAGGAUAAGAGAUUUUUCCCACUUUUUACUGAGUGGCCGUUCCCUUGAUCAUUCAUAUUUUGGUCUUUUCAUAACUGUGACAUUUACUCAAGUGAUUGUUCUCAUUUGAAAUGUAUAUGUGUUAAUUAUUUAUUUAAUUGUUAAUUGUAAUAUUCUCCGUCUUUUUGCAUUUGCCCCAGCUGUAUCUGUUUUGUAAACCAAUAAACUUGUAUAAUUCAAUUUUA